AUGACUCAGGCAGUGGAAGCCAGUGCUGUUGCCGGAGUCCGUGCCAUCGUGGACCACCUGGUGGCUGUGGCCUGGCUGCACGUGCUUCAGGGGCAGAGCCCAGUGGCCCUGCACAUCCUGCAGUCUGUCCAGGAUGCAGUGGUGGUGAGCGAGGACCAGGAGGGUGUGAUUGCCAACAUUGGUGGCUGUGGCUCUGAAGAGGACGGGCCGGACGAGGCAGGCAGCCGAGGGCUACUACCGCACCCUACGGGUGGCUUGGGACCUCGACCAGCGGAGGAACCAGGCAGUGGUGCUGGCCAACUUCGGGGCCCUGUGCCUGCACGCAGGGAGUGUGGCCGGGACUUCACCCACGUGCUCCUGCAGCUGGGUCACCUCUGCACCCACCAGGGCCCGGCUCAGCAGGGCAAGGGCUACUACGAGUGGGCCCAUCUGGUCGCCGUGGAGAUGGGCCAUGUGGAGAAUGGGUGCCCCGGGUCGUCCUGUGCACCUUCCCGGGCCACUCGGCCUGUGCACCUGUCAUCCCACUUCACGGAGGACAUGGGGCAGGCGAUUGCCGAAAGCCGCAGAGCGGUUCAUGCAAAAGCUUGUGCAGAGUGUGCCAGGCCCCACCCACAAAUGGGGCUUGUGGGGUCCUCAGCUCCAGAAGAAAGAGGCGGCGGCGCAUGCCUGGCUGCAAGCAGGGAAGAUCUAUUACAUCCUGCGGCAGAGCGAGCUGGUGGACCUGUACAUCCAGGGGCACAGAAUGUGGCCCUGUACACAGGCGACCCCAACCUGGGGCUGGAGCUGUUUGAGGCAGCUGUAGACACCUUCUUCAAUGGGACCUGGGAGCGGGAGAAAGCCGUGUCCUUCUACUGGGACCAGGCGCUGCUCCUGGCAGUGACUACGGGGAACCGCAAGGCAGAGCUGCGGCUGUACAAGCUGGUGGCACUGCUGGCCAUGCUGGAGGAACCCCAGGAGGGCUUGGAGUUCGCCCACAUGGCCCUAGCACUCAACAUCACUCUGGGGGACCGGCUGAAUGAGUGCGUGGCCUACCACCGGCUGGCCACCCUGCACCAGCAGCUGGGCGAUGGCAAGCUGGCGGAGCACUUCUACCUCAAGGCCCUGUCGCUCUGCAACUCGCCGCUGGAGUUCGACGAGGAGACCCUCUACUACCUGAAGGUGUACCUGGUGCUCGGUGACAUCAUCUACGACCUGAAGCUGCUGCCUGGCUGGCCGACUGCAGAAGAGGAGACUCUGGUACUCCGGGAGGAGGCCCUCGGCACAGGCAGAGCCUCCAUCAUUCUCCUGCCCCCACCGGAGCAGCACUUCUGUACAACCGACAGACCCGCAUCAACACGGCACCACCACCCAGAGUCCACAGCUCACAAGAGGGCUCGGCCUGCUGCUGCUCACUCUGUGGGUUUCACAGACAUGGAACGGCAUGGAUCCCCCAUGAAAGCCCCAUCCGGAGUUGCUUCCCCACCCUACACAUCCCCCUAUGCUCCUCCCAUUCAUCCCUCCCUUCCCCAACCCCUGGCAGCCGCUGGACAUUUUACUGUCUCCACAACUUUGCCUUUUCCAGACUGUCCUGCGGUUGGACUCACACAGCAGGCAGCCUGUCCAGAUUGGAGACUCACUCAGCAACAUGCGUUUAAGAUCCGUGUCUUUUCAUGGCUUAGUGGUCCAGUUCUUUUAAGUGCUGAAUAAUAUCCCAGUUUCUGAUGUAACACAGUUUAU